CGGCCCCCAGCGAGGCAGGUGCGGCGGGAGCAUGCGCCGCGCCCCCACCCGCGGGCAGCGCGGGCAGCGCGGCCGGAUCGUCGGCGCGGGCGGGCGGCUCGCACGGGAUUGCUGUGCAAUGCCUUGUAUAAUUAAGACCUCUUAUCAAGAAUAUCUUUGCUCUGAUAGUGUUUCAACAGGCAGACAAUAACAAACACUGCUAAGGAGUGCUAAGAAGACAAUGAAACAGCCCAAUAGGAAAAGAAAGCUUAGCAUGGAUUCCAAAAGGCAUUUGGAUCAGGAUAGAUGCUUGGACAAGGCUAAUGAAGAAAAGAGGCUUAAGGAAGGGGCAAGUCCUUUGAACCCUGCAGGUGCCCAGGAGACGUGGUCUUGGGAGCAGUACCUGAGGGAGCAGAAGGCAGUGGCUGCGCCUAUCGAACUCUUUAACAAGGACCAGUCUUUUCCUGAACAUGAAAACCAAUUUCAGAUUGGAAUGAGAUUAGAAGGCAUUGACCCUCGACAUCCAUCUGUAUUUUGUGUGCUUUCUGUAGCUGAGGUGUGUGGUUAUCGGCUAAGACUUCAUUUUGAUGGUUAUUUAAGCUGCUACGAUUUUUGGACUAAUGCAGGUUCCCCUGACAUUCAUCCAGUAGGGUGGUGUGAAAAGACCAAACAUGAACUGCACAUUCCUAAGGGUUAUAGAAAAGAUAAGUUUGUUUGGAUGAAUUAUUUGAAGGCCUGCAAAUUGCAAAAUGCUCCCAAGAAAUUAUUCAGAAACAGAAGUUCUAGUGGGCCAAUGCCUAAAGAAUUUCAGGUUGGAAUGAAGCUGGAGGCCGUCGACAGGAAGAACCCUUCCUUGGUGUGCGUGGCGACCAUAGCAGAUAUUGUCGAAGAUCGCUUACUAGUGCAUUUUGACAAUUGGGAUGAUAGUUACGAUUACUGGUGUGAUGUAAAUAGUCCUUAUGUCCAGCCAGUUGGUUGGUGUCAGAAGAAUGGACGAACCCUGAUAGCACCGCAAGGUUAUCCUGAUCCAGAAAAUUUCUCUUGGACUGAGUAUUUAAAAGCUACUCAAACUAAAGCAGCUCCUGCCAAAGGUUUUAAAAGGCGAUUUACUCAUGGUUUUCUACCAAAUAUGAAACUUGAAGUUGUGGAUAAACGAAACCCUCGGUUAAUUCGUGUCGCAACUAUCCUGGAUGUUGAUAACCAAAGACUAAAGAUUCACUUUGAUGGCUGGGAUCACAAAUAUGACUAUUGGACUGAUGCAGACAGCCCUGAUAUCCACCCAAUUGGAUGGUGCGAUGUGACAGGACAUCCUCUGGAACUGCCAUAUCGAGCAAAUGCUGUGAAAAUACUUCCAGGUCAAGCUGUUUGCCCUACUCCAGGGUGCCGAGGAAUAGGCCAUAUCCGUGGUCCACGGUAUUCAGGACAUCACAGUGCUUUUGGCUGCCCGUAUUCCGACAUCAACUUGAAAAAGGAGACACGACUCCAUGACCCUCUGAGAGUACAGACCCAGGAAAACGUGGAAUUAGAUUCUUCCCAUUCAAUAUCAAAUAACCUCUGUAGUUUGAACUUCAACGGAGAGCGUGAGAAGAUGGAGAGUCCACCCAAACUUGUACAGCAGGCAAAGUGUUUGAAAAUCAGAGGAAAAGAAGAAAUUGACAUCGCUAAUCUCUUCAGAGAGUACACCACCCAGCACACGCAGAAGACGCUGCAGCUGCAACGCACCAUCUUCAUGUCUACCCUGUCAGCUAACCCUUUUCGAGGUCUUGCACUCGGCAGGCAGCAGCACUACAAGCUGCUUCCCGGCGUGGCUGACGUCCAGGCAAACCAGGUGGGCCGCUGGACAGUGGAUGAGGUGGCUAAGUUUGUACAGUCUCUUCUGGGCUGCGAAGAGCAUGCCAAGUGCUUCAAGAAAGAGCAGAUUGAUGGCAAAGCCUUCCUCCUUCUGACCCAAGCAGACAUCGUCAAGGUGAUGAACAUCAAACUGGGCCCAGCACUCAAGAUCUAUAAUUCUAUCCUCAUGUUCAGGAAUUUCCAGGAUCUCUCUGAAGAAGAUGUGACCUCCAGCCCAAAACUCAGGAAGUAGGCUCUGCGCACAGCGGCACCAGGACAGCGUUUGUGAGCAAUAAGACUGGCCCAUAUUAAUUUGCUUUCACUAUCUCCUUGGUCCUAUCCAGGUGUAUUCCAAACCGUUCUUUUUAAGUGUUUAUGGUGUCAGUAUUUUAGAAGAUUCUGAUGAUUGGCAGACAGACGCCCAAGCACGUGUAUGGUCAGCAAAGGUCGUUUCACUGGGCUGAGAUCUCCCAGUUCUGAGACAUUGCAGCAAAUGGACCAAAGGAGCCCCUCCUACACACACAUACACCUUUAGCCUCCUAUAUCACCAUCAGAAAGUUAUCUCCCAUUUUGCAAAUGAAGGGUUGUUCUCAAGUGAUAAAAUAUUUCCUUUUUAAAAAUAGUAUUCAUACUUUGGUAAAUCUCAGGGCUAGGACGAACAGAAACAUUACUGGGCCCUCUCGAGCAAAUCAAGGAUCAACAGGGUGAUAGUGAUAGUGAUAGCAUUCAUAAUUACAUGGUGGAUGUUUUUGAGACACCUGAGCUUGGCUUAGAUUUGCCUUUAUGGGUGCAGUGAAUAUAACAGAUAGUGUCCUGGUGUUUUUAAAAGACAUCAUGUGAGGUUUUUGUGUACUUUACUCAGGAAAGUGUAAAUCUGACAGAAAAGAAGCAGCACAUGUUUUCAGGAUUUAUUAAUUCUCCAUGUCUUGUUCAUUUAUAUGCCUUAGUUGUUCCCCAAGUCUUUCAGUCGUAGCCCAGGAGUGACAGGGCAAAGAACCAGCUCGUGCGCCUUGCAGGGCUGAUGGGACCCUUCUGAGGAUCUUUACCAGCAGUUCCCAGCAGACUGCAGGGCACAGAGAGAGAAGAGCAGUGGUUACAGGAAGACAGGCCCUGAGCCUGGCAUUGCUGGCAUACAGUUGCCCACCUAUAUCCGGUUUCACCUGCAUCUCUGCAGCCACCUCAGGCUUCAGCUGUGAAGAAAGGGGCUGGAAAGAACCCUUCUGUCCUGAGCCUGCCUCAGCUGUGCUACCUGAGCAGUGGGCGCCUCUUCACCAAUAUGCGUACCUUCUAAAGGACAGAGCAUGUUUCUCUAUCUGCACAGUUUGGAUUUGUGGCUUACCUUUGUUUGGUGUCAGUUCCAGUUUUGGAAGAGCCUCCAUUUUUCAUACACAUCCUCAGUAAGAACAGGAGCAAGCUUAGGAAAGCCCUGCAAGGGGAGCACCUCAUUUUAGAUGGAGCGAGAGAGAUCAAAGAUUCAGACCUCACCAUACCCAUUGGCUAUUGCUUCAUCUUACGAUUUAAAAAAGAAUCUUACAGUCUAAGAAAGUUGAUUGUGGCUAGAGAGUUUCCCCAAAUUUACAUCACACACACACACACACACACACGCACACACACAUACGCACAAACACACACGCACAAACACACAAAAUGUUGUCAGAGGUGAAUAUUUAUGUUUCUUUAGAUCCUUAUUGAAAUGGAAUCUUAAUAUAUAUCAUUGGUUGAUGUAAGUUUUUGUUUUUUGUGAAGUUUAUAUUACCGUUUAUUGUAUUUUUUGUAGGCUGCUAUGUACAGUUAAAAUUUCUGCUUCUGCUAUGUAAAAAGUUUAAUAUAUUUUAAA